AUGAUGAGUGGUGAAAAGGGUAGCAAGGCUGCUCAGCUUGAGCACGAUGCUGCAACUCCGACAAAGGAUGACCGCAUUACCUCGGACUUUGGCGUGAAGCAGGGCAACACAGAUGACUGGCUCAAGAUUGUCAACGAGGAUAGUACUGGGCCCCAGCUCCUCGAGGAUUCGUUUGCUAGAGAAAAGAUCCAUCGUUUCGACCACGAGCGGAUUCCCGAACGUGUCGUCCACGCCAGGGGCGCCGGCGCAUUCGGGACCUUCCGUUUGAAGCAGAGCGCUGAAGAUGUCACCUUGGCACCUAUCUUGAACGAUACUUCCCGCGAAACCCCUGUGUUUGUGCGAUUCUCGACUGUUCAAGGAAGUCGUGGAAGUGCCGACACAGUUCGCGAUGUGCGAGGGUUUGCCGUCAAGUUUUACACCCAGGAAGGCAACUGGGACAUUGUUGGCAACAACAUCCCGGCAAGUCCUCACAACCACGGGAUCAGUUACCUGAUACUAAUAUCAAUGCAGGUAUUCUUUAUCCAGGAUGCCAUCAAGUUCCCCGACUUCGUUCAUGCCGUCAAGCCGGAACCUCACAACGAAGUACCGCAAGCCCAGAGUGCUCAUAAUAACUUUUGGGAUUUUGUCAACCUCCAUACCGAGGCAACUCACAUGUACAUGUGGGCAAUGUCAGACCGUGCAGUACCACGUUCAUACCGUAUGAUGCAAGGCUUUGGAGUCAACACUUUCGUGCUCAUCAACAAGAAGGGCGAGCGCCACUUCUGCAAAUUCCACUUCACCCCGCAACUGGGGGUGCACUCUCUCGUCUGGGACGAGGCACUGAAACUUGCUGGCCAAGAUCCUGAUUUCCACCGCAAGGACCUCGGAGAGGCUAUUGACAAUGGCGCAUUUCCGAAGUGGGAUUUCGGCAUCCAGGUCAUUCCAGAGUCACAGGAGCACGAUUUCGACUUCGACAUUCUUGAUGCCACCAAGAUCUGGCCCGAGGAGCUGGUUCCUGUUAGAAACAUUGGUGAGUUGGAGCUUAACAAGAACGUUGACGAGUACUUCCCGCAGACUGAGCAGGUUGCCUUCUGCACGGCUCACAUGAUCCCUGGAAUCGCACACUCGAAUGACCCUCUUCUUCAGGGUCGUAGCUUCAGCUACUUCGACACACAACUUUCACGACUUGGCAUCAAUUGGCAAGAGCUCCCCAUCAACCGACCUGUCUGUCCGGUCAUGAAUUUUAACCGUGACGGCCAAGGAAGACAUCGUAUCACUAAGGGAACGAUUAACUACUGGCCUAACCGAUUCGGAAUACAACCUCCUGCCACGGCUGAGGAGGGCGCUUACCCAGAGUACCCAGAGAAAUUCCAAGCCAUCAAGGCACGAGCUAAGAGCGCCAAGUUCAAGGAACACUUCAACCAGGCACAACUGUUCCUGAAUAGCUUGUCGCCCCCAGAGAGGCAACAUCUCAUUGCUGCUUUUGCAUUUGAGCUUGAUCAUUGCGAUGAUCCUACCGUGUACGAGCGAAUGUCGACGCGUUUGGCUGACAUUGAUCUUGAUCUGGCGCAGCAAGUCGCUGAAAUGGUUGGAGGGCCUGUCCCUGAGGAGGAGACGAGGCCAAACCACGGAAAGAAGGCUACAAAGAUCAGUCAGGCUGAAUUUGCGCCAGCUAGUCCAACAAUUGCCACGCGGCGUGUUGCCCUCCUCAUUGCCGAUGGGUAUGACCCAGUUGCCUUCAACGGUGUCAAGAGUGCACUGGCAGCAUCCGGCGCAAUACCAUUCGUUAUUGGGCCUCGGCGAAGCGAGAUUUUCCCUGCCGGAGCAGGAAAGACACCGGGCAAUGGCGUGAAGGCCGACCACCACUUUGAGGGCAUGCGCUCGACAAUGUUUGAUGCGCUCUUCGUUCCUGGUGGUGCGGAUUCGAUUCAGACUUUGUCAAAGAGCGGGCGCUCGCUGCACUGGCUCCGAGAAGCAUUUGGACAUCUCAAGGCCAUCGGAGGAAGUGGAGAAGCUGUGCAGCUCUUCAAGCUUGCCUUUGGUCUUCCAAACAUCAAUAUUUCACAAGACGGAGAGGCAGUGGAGUCGUAUGGUGUUGUCACUAUUUCUCAAGUCCAACCCGAUCACUUCACCGAAGUCGUCAAGAUCGCCAAGGAGGGUACAAACUUCUUGGAGAAGUUCUGGUUCCAGAUUGCCAGUCAUCGCAAUUGGGAUCGUGAAUUAGAAGGGUUGAGCAGCCAGGUGGCUUACUAA